GGCGGAUCUUUUUUUGACAAGCAUAUAAUGUCACAAUCUCUCCAUAGGCACCCCUUAAGGUCUGGUUGUAAGAUAGUUCCUGGUUCAAGCCAACAAGGCGCACACGAAAAGUAAGUGAAAACUCUGGUCUACACACCUGGAACAUGGUCUGGACCACGAACUCUUCAGGAAUCUGACGUUGACCUGCGAACAAACAGACCCAGGCUAACAAACGGAAGUGAAAGUAAAGAGUGGGGCAUUUCCUGGUGACGGAUCAGACCGUCGUGUCAGUCAGUGGAGGUGCUCUCCGUGUCAGAAUGAGUUCUUUACAGUUUAACUCCGUGUUACUGGAGAUCUCUAACAGUCUGUCCCCGGAUCAGCUGGAACAGAUCAAGUAUUUGUGUCAUAAUGACAUCGGGAAGAAAUAUUUGGAAACAAUCGACAGCGGGUGGAAACUGUUUCAGUUUCUGAAGGAGAAACUCAAACUGGGAGAGGACAACACGGACUAUGUGUGCCAACUGCUCGAGAAGGUCCGACCCGACCUCUCAGAGAGACUUAGAAACUUUGACUGUCAGCCGGAAAACAACGAAAACCUCCCGUCUGAACCAGAAAGAGCCAAACUGGACAUCGCCACAGAGAUGAUCGUAGAGAGUCUGGGACGAAAUUGGCGUAAGCUGGGCCGCAAGCUGGGUCUGAGUGACACUAAGCUGGAGUCCAUCUCUAGGAGACAUCCCACCGAGCUGGAGGAGACGGCGGUGGAGCUCCUGAAGGAGUGGAGGAAGAGUCGGGGAGCAGAGGCCCGAACAGAUGAUGUGAUAACAGCUCUGAGAGCCUGCAAUUUCAACCUGACCGCUGAUAAAAUCGAGGACAAACUUUCCAAACUGACAUGUCAGUGAACGAAAUCUGAUUUAAAGUGCUCAACCUUAAUAAAGCUGUACUCUGAUGCUGAAACUAAGCAAAAAAAGAAAUGAUAUUUGAGUGAAUGAAUCGACUCUCUGAUUGUAAACCUGCACGUGUGUGAAAGAGUGUGUGUUUACAGGACUGAUCUCAGCUUGUUUCAGUGUCAAUGACUUUGGUUCCAUUAGAUUUUUUUGUUUAAGGAUAAAAAAAGAAAUGAACUCUGAAUUCUGUUGAUUAAAUGAUGAUUAAGUGCCCUCUGAAAGUGGCUGUGCAAACUUUACAGACAUGCCAGUGUUUUUUGUUAAUGUUCACCUGUAGUUGAUGAUUAGUUAAUAGCUGCCAGCAGCUUUAGUUAAAAGAAUCAUUUUAAAGAGGGUUUUUUUUUAAGGGAAAAAGUGGACACAGCAGACUCUGUGAUUAAAGGCUGGAACACUGUAUUCAGUCAGUUGAAACAGGUAUACAGAUAGUAUUUUCAAGGAAUAUUUUUUGGUACAGAGCUAAAUCCCCUUUCCUAUAAAGCAACAACAGCUGCAAACCAUGACAUGUUUGUUUUUCUUGUGCACAAAUCCAAAGGGACGAGGCGUGUCGAUCACUGAGCCAUAGAGGUGCUGCUAGAUUCCUGUGGCUUAUGUUAAGCAGAGCUAACUAGCCACUGGUAUUUGAGUUGAACUGAUCAUCUCGUCCAACCCUCUGCUAUGAAAAAAUGUGGAUUUUCUUUUGGAAUGAGCCUUUACUCUGAAAUUAUUCCAUGAGAUGUUUUGUGACUCAGAACAAAUCAAACUAAAACAAAAUGUAAUUUGUUAUGAUUUAUUAGAUCCAUGACAUUUUUGUUUGUGAUAUGAAAAUAGAAUAAUUUGGGAUUUAAAAUAUGUCUCCUGAACAUGUUGAGAAUCUAAAAGUUGUUUGUGAAGUUUUCCAUUUAAUAAAACAGUCCAGCAAACUUU